AUGGGACCAGUCUCCCUUCUUCCAAAAUAUCAGAAAUUAAGCACUUGGAAAGGAGAUUCAGCCAAGAUGACCCAUUUACAGGCCGGACUCAGUCCAGAGACUAUAGAGAAAGCUCGCCUGGAACUGAAUGAAAACCCAGAUGUCUUACAUCAGGAUAUCCAGCAAGUCAGGGACAUGAUCAUCACCAGGCCUGACAUUGGGUUUUUACGUACAGAUGAUGCCUUCAUCCUGAGAUUUCUCCGAGCCAGGAAGUUUCACCAAGCAGAUGCCUUCCGACUCCUGGCCCAGUACUUUCAGUACCGCCAGCUGAACCUGGACAUGUUCAAAAACUUCAAGGCUGAUGAUCCCGGCAUUAAGAGGGCUCUCAUCGACGGCUUCCCUGGAGUGCUGGAAAACCGUGAUCACUAUGGCAGGAAGAUUCUUCUGCUGUUUGCAGCCAAUUGGGAUCAGAGUAGGAACUCCUUCACCGACAUCCUCCGUGCCAUCCUGCUGUCCCUGGAAGUCCUUAUCGAAGAUCCAGAGCUUCAGAUAAAUGGCUUCAUUUUAAUUAUAGACUGGAGUAAUUUUUCCUUCAAACAAGCCUCCAAACUGACCCCUUCAAUCCUCAAACUGGCUAUUGAAGGGCUGCAGGACAGCUUUCCUGCCCGCUUCGGAGGAGUCCAUUUUGUCAACCAACCCUGGUACAUUCACGCCCUGUACACGCUCAUCAAGCCAUUCCUUAAAGACAAGACCAGGAAACGGAUUUUCCUGCAUGGAAACAACUUAAACAGCCUUCACCAGCUAAUCCACCCCGAAUUUUUGCCCUCUGAAUUUGGAGGAACGCUUCCUCCUUAUGACAUGGGAACUUGGGCCCGGACGUUACUUGGUCCAGACUACAGUGAUGAAAAUGACUAUACUCACACUUCCUACAAUGCAAUGCACGUGAAACACACAUCCUCCAAUCUGGAGAGAGAAUGCUCCCCGAAGCCGAUGAAGAGAUCUCAGUCUGUGGUAGAAGCUGGGACCCUGAAACAUGAGGAGAAGGGAGAGAAUGAGAACACUCAGCCACUCCUGGCUCUGGACUGA